AUGACCAGCUUUAGAGCCGAAGAAGAACUACCACUACAGGGAUGUAUUGUACAAGUUCCAUUAAUUAUCGAGAAUGAAGCAUCAUCGAAGAUACUUUCCACAAACUCUAUCUGGGUUCACGUUACUAAAGCUGACUAUGAACCAAGCGCGGAUCCCAACUUUAUAAACAUUUCACUAGUGUCAAUAUGGGCCGAAGGAUACUACCAUACAACCAUCAAGAAGCAGAACAUCUACAAUGUCUUUGAGAAUUCGGCGUCAAGGAAGAUCCAAAUUGAUCGCGAAAAUACAUAUGAUGUGUUUACCGACUUGUUCCCAUUAGAUUUGGAUACUUUAGUUGAAAGUAGACGUAAAGACGGUAUACAUAAACUGCUUCUUCUCAAUGCCAAGAUCAAUGUGCUGGAGAGCAAUUUUAAAAGAGAAGAAGGGCUCAAUACUGAUACUAUGCAUAUACAGAUCAAGAGUAACGGGACAUUUAACCCAACUGUAGGCAGGUUUGAAAUGACUUCAGUGGAUUUUGAAAAAACUGAGUAUCUAAAGGACGAGGGAAAUCUAUUCAAUUGGAUGGAGUUGCUCUGCUACCAGAGAGACGAAUUAGCUAGGAGACAGAUUGAGUCUUGCGCCGAGAUUGAACGUUUGCAAACCGAUAAUAGCCUUUUGCAACAGGGAAUGGAGCAAGCAAAGAAUGAUUUUGAAGAACUAAAAAUAGACAUGGCAUCCAAAUUCUAUCAAGGAAUGAAUGCAAAGAAAGAUUUUAUUCAUGAAUUGACAAAGGCUAGUCUACCGAAAACUGAGUUGCUUGGAUUGAAUGCCAUUUUCUUGGCGAAGAUUGCCGAUAGAGGUGAUGACAUAAACGCAUGUCCCCUCAAAAAAAAGGGUACUCGUGGCAAGCGUGUCAAAGAGGAGAAGGGAUCAAGUAAGAAGAAACGAAAGGUCAAAAAGGAGGACGAAGACAACGAAGAGGGGCAAAUAGACUACAGAGAUGACACUACCCACACCGAUAGAGACGAUUCCGAUGGAAAUCCCGGUCAACUGGUCAACAAUAAAUUCAAGAAGGAUCCACGGAUUAAACGUGAAUCGAGGUCCUCUGAGUUGAAGAAUGGCUCAGAGCCAAAGGUAAAGAAAGAACCAGAAGGCGAACCAAAAACAUAUCUGUCCAAAGCUGACUUCAGAGUUGAGCCCAAAAUUACACAAGAACAGAAUACGCCAACUGCACCUAGAUCUCCUGAGUUGAAAGGCGAUUUAAAUCCCAUCAUUGUUAAGCCUGACCCGUAUACUGACAGUACACCUCUUAAUCACUACCCCUUUUCGUUUGGCAACGAGGAUUCACAGGGCACAUUGAAGGCAGAUAGUUUAUUAAAGAAAUCGUUGAACUUGGAAACUGAUCGCGAUAUUUUCAACAAAGCUAUGCAUGUCAGCUUUCAAGAAGGAGGUAACAAGGAUAAAGACGAUGGAGAGGAGCACGAAGAGAAUGGAGGUCAAGACAGCGACGAAAAGAUGGAAUAUAAUUCUUCAGAAAGUGAUAAUGAAUCAACACUGUGUCUAAACGGGGAUGGGAAAGCUAAGGAUAAGGGUGAUAAAGAAGAAGACGUGAAGCAAGGCGAAGAAAAUGACGAAGAAGGCACCAGCUCUAAAGACAAAAACUACGAGGGGUCUUUUAUCGAAGACAGCCUUGAGAGCAGUAUUUCCAAACUGAAACCAGAUAUAAACAAUGAAACCCAAAACAGGACAGACUAUUCUGAUGAAGAGUUUAAACAUAAGGAGGUUGAUAAUGAUAAUAACAAGAGCCAGCGAGAGGUAAGCCAAGCUGAGGCAGAGACUGAUUAUAGCGACGACGACGAUGAUGGUUGA